CUCUCAGCCGGCCUGCCGCCGCCCUCCCCAACGAGCAGUGUUCGGCAACUCGGCGUCGCGUCGCGGGCGGCGGCCACGGCGGAGCUCCUCUUCCCUGCUGAUCCCCGACCUGCAGCAGCUGCCCCGCACGACCCCUCGCCCGUUGCCGGCCAUGGCGUCCGGCGCCCGGGGCCCGGAGCCCCCGCGGCCCCCUCGCGCGCCCACCCACCUCGCGCCGCUGCUGCUGCUGCCCGCGCUCCUCCUCGCCUCCUCCUCCCCCUCCCCCGCCGCCGCCGCCGCGAUGCACAACAACAACUGGGCCGUGCUCGUAUGCACCUCCCGGUUCUGGUUUAAUUAUCGACAUAUGGCGAAUACUCUGUCUUUGUACAGGACUGUUAAGAGAUUAGGAAUACCUGAUGAGCGAAUCAUACUUAUGUUGGCGGAUGAUAUGGCUUGCAAUCCUAGGAACAGUUAUCCUGCCCAAGUUUUCAACAAUGAGAACCACCAGCUAAAUCUUUAUGGUGACAAUGUUGAGGUUGAUUAUCGAGGGUACGAGGUCACAGUGGAAAACUUUUUGAGAGUUUUGACUGGCAGACAUGAAAGUGCGGUACCAAGAUCAAAGCGUCUCCUAAGUGAUGAAGGAAGCCAUAUUCUUCUGUACAUGACUGGGCAUGGAGGUGAUGAGUUUUUGAAGUUCCAAGAUUCUGAAGAGCUUCAGAGCCAUGACUUAGCAGAUGCAGUGAAGCAGAUGAAGGAGAAACAUAGAUUUAAAGAGCUGCUGAUAAUGGUAGAUACUUGCCAAGCUGCUACUCUCUUUUCACAGCUUCAUUCACCUGGUGUUUUGGCGAUCGGUAGCAGCAUGAAGGGUGAAAACUCUUAUUCUCACCAUCUUGAUUCAGAUAUUGGUGUUUCUGUUGUUGAUAGGUUUACCUAUUAUACACUUGCUUUCUUUGAGAAACUGAACAUGUAUAGCAAUGCCUCAUUGAACAGUCUUUUCAACUCAUAUGAUCGUUCCAUGCUGAUGUCUACUGCAUAUUAUCGAAUGGAUCUUUAUGAGCGGCCCUUAAAUGAGGUGCCUGUGACAAAUUUCUUUGGAUCAGUCAUGAAGACUCUCCAUACAGAUUCAGCCUACACAGGUUUCUUGUCUGCACAUGACGAUGAAACUCCCAUGUCCAUCAGAGAUAACCAACAUGAUCAUUUCAUGUCAAAGAAUGAGGCUAGAGCAAGAAGAUCAAACAAAGAAAAGGAGGCACAAAUAAUACCCCAUGGAUGGACAGAAGUUCUGCUUGAACAGCUGGAGGGCAAGAAUACUGACACUGUUGUGCUGUAUGGUCUGGGAACAAUGGGUAUAUUGUUGGCACUUUCAACCUGGUUAUCAAUGUAGGCACUAUGAAGAGUAUUGUUCACACGCCAUUCUCUUCCACAGAGCACUGAAUCAUACUAACCCCCUAGAGACAGGGAUCAAAAUAGAAAAGAACAAACUUUGGAGGUUCUUUUUUUAUUUUAUCUCCUUUUUAAAUUUUGUUACUGUCUAUAAGAAUUGGUUCAAAAUUGAUGUAUGUAGUUCUUGUAUGCACCUUCUGUUCUUAUAUGUUUUACAACUCUUGCAUCACUUAUCUGGAUCAGUUUGAUUGUUUUGAUGAAUAUUUGAGUAGAGCUUUUCUGCA